AUGGCCGGAACGAACCAACUCGAGUUUGUCCUCGUCACUGGAGCGACGGGCUUCAUCGGAGCACACGUUGUGGACACUCUUCUCAGACGAGGUCUCAGAGUCCGUGGUGCCACGCGGACGCUCGCAAAAGGAGAUGAAAUGAUCAAAGCCCGACCGCAAUAUUCCGGGAAACUUGAAUUUGUCCAGAUCGAUGAUUUCGAAAGCCCUGGAGGCUUAGUGGAGGCCGUUGAAGGGGUCGACGGCAUUAUUCACACAGCAAGCCCAUUCACCUACGAUACCACAAACAACGAGAAGGAACUUAUUAUCCCUGCUAUAAAUGGAGUUCGAGCGAUACUCGAAGCCGCAUCUGCAAGCCCGAGCGUCAAGCGCGUCGUCAUAACAUCAUCCUUUGCCUCCGUUCUCGACGCAAAUCGCAAAGCACCGCCGUAUUUCACAUACACGGGAGCAGACUGGAACCCUCUUUCUUACGAGGAGGCGGCCGACCCUGCCACAAGUGCUGUGAUAGCUUACCGUGGCUCCAAGAAAUUUGCCGAGCUGGAGGCUUGGAAGUUUGUUGAGCAGAAGAAGCCGGCGUUUAGCAUAGUGACCCUUUGCCCGCCGAUGACUUUCGGACCCGUGGUACAUCCUGUUCCCAGCGUGGACAAGCUUAACGAGUCGAAUGCUAUGCUCUGGAAGGUUGCAAGAGGAGAGAAUCCCCUCCCAGUUGCUAGAGUCCCGUUCUGGAUUGAUGUUAGAGACCUGGCUGUUGCCCAUGUCGAAUCGCUGCUGAAGGCCGAGGUUGGAGGGAAAAGAUACACCCCGGCGUCCCCAGAGCGGUUUUCCUACGCAAUGGCAGCAGAGAUCAUUAGGGAAGGUUUCACUGAGUUAAAGGACGGUAUAAGGCCGGAGAAUCAAACUAUUGAUGAGUCUCAUGGACUUGAUGGAGAGACGGUGGCAAAGGAACUAGGCUAUGAUUAUCACUCCUUCAAAGACACAGUUAGAGACCUCAUAAGUCAGGCACUUGAUCUGAGCAAACAGUCAUAG